CGCAAAACAUUCAGAGAAUGGGAGUUGAUGGUCAUACAGUAGGAACUACAAAGUUAGGUCAAAAUCACUCCGCGACGUCUAUGAACUCACCAGUAAUUAUUCUCGACAAACUCAUCGAAGCGGCAAAUGCCUUGUCUAAACUUCCGGGACACAGCGUCGAUUUCCUAACGUCAGCAUUAGAUCACACAUACGGGCAACCAGGGCCAGAUGGAGCGGGGUCAAAUAACCCAUUGAUGAAAAUUAUCAGCAGCUUGAGGCAUCAAAAAUUGGUGGAAUUCACAGGGGGGAGUGUUCCGCCCCUGGGAAUUCGAACCACAGCUGUCCCAGUCUCUCCCCACACCUUGACCCUUACACAAACAACUCCAACGCCCGCUGUUGUUACAAACACACCAAUACCACCGGUAGUUACCUCCUCCGUGUAUCAUGACACAUUGAGACAACCCUAUGACGUCAAUGCGCUCAUGGUGACAAUGUCAAACAAGUUUCAGGGAAUACCCGAUACCGUGUUACGGUCCCUUGUUGUAAAUCUAUUACAACAGCUGGAAUCACAUGGUAACACCUUGUCACAAGACAUCACUCAUUUAGACCCCCAAAAAGUUAGUGAGCUAAAUUAUUUACAAAAUAUGCCACCAAUGUCUAAAGCUGCUGUCACUUGUGCUGUGCCAGGCUGCAUAGGCCAAGAACCUCUGACUAUAACCACUUCACCAUCACCCUUUGUAACACAUGAUUUAAACCCUCAAGACUCUCACAUGAUGGCAAAACCUCAUUCAAAUGAAGAAAAGCCGACCGGCAUACACUAUCAACUUGUUGUAACACCAACUACGACAAAAUCCUCGCCAUUAACCAAUAUUCCAAUAAUCCCAACACCAUUCAAUCCUCCUAAACUUCCACCCAAUACGACUCCACAACCCACAUACCUUUCACACCGAACCCUACAACCCCAUAUAUCACUAUUACAACCACAUCCAACCCUACAAGCUCAUAUCCGACCAUCGCCACCACACACAACCCUACACUCUAUUAUACCGCCAUCCAUGCCACACAAAACCCUACAACCUCAAAUCGCACCAUCCAUGCCACACCCAACACUACAACCUGAUAUCCCAUCAGCCAUACCAAACCCAACACUAAAACCCACUAUCACACCAACCACGACAUCAACAUAUCCUUAUAUCCCAACAUUUCCCUUCACGACCUCCUCUCUUUUAUCAGAUAAAUACGUCACAAUGAACCUGCAUUUCAAGGGCGUAUCACCUCCAGAGACCACUAGCUUCCCCAUUAUGCCACUCAGAAGUCCCUUCACAUCCGCCACUGACAGGGCGGCGAUUUUGUCUUUUCUCCUAUCGGUAAAUUCCAGAGGUGAUCAAUUAAACCCUAAAUCUGUAAAUGUUGAACCCAAAGCUGCCCCUAAUCAACAAAAACCUUUCAUGGACCAUCCCAAAUCUGUCAUGGGCCAACCCAUGCCUGUAAUGGACCAUCCCAAAUCUGU